UUAACGCUUCACUGCUGUUUGCCAGGACUGUACUGUACCGGAGAUGUCAAGAUGGCUGCAAGCAACUAUUUCGGCUUUACACAUGGUGCCGGUCCACAAUACAGUACCCAGCCUCCUCCGGCCUACUCCCAUCCCUCUACAGCCACCUAUAGCGUCCAGCAGGCUCCUGCUGUGGCUCAUGCAGUGACAGCAUCAUACUCACCAGCUCCAGUCCAGGCAGCCCGACCUGUGGCCUCAGCCUCUUACCCCACCUAUCAGAGCCACCUGGCACCUCAAGACUACACCUACAGACAACCAGAUCCCCCACAGCCCACCACCACCCCACAGACGUACCAGGUAUACUCAGACAUGCAGGACAACUAUAGUUAUGGGCGGCCUGCUGCUGUAACGACUUAUGACAACAAACAGUACUACCAGACAAGUAUAGCCCCGGCCCAGAGGACACCCACUGAUAAUUACUACCAGACUGGAGUGAAGACCUCUUACAGUCCAGCCCCCACCACUGCCUACAGCCAGCCUCCUCCACCUCAGAGGCAGGUGACUGCCCUAAAGCCCUUGGUCCCCUCCAGCUCUGUGUCUACCAACUACAACAUCUACCCAGUAUCCACCAGUGUCCCGCAACCUCCAACACCAAUUUCAUCCUACACACUUGGUUCUUCCUUCAGCUCCACUGUUUCAGCCACCUCCUACUCUGGCAUUAGCUACUCUAGUUACAACUCAAUUGGCUACACCUCUGCAUCUGCCCCCUCCUAUUACCAGCCGGCACAGCAGACUUUAUCCCAACCCCAGCCUCAACCACAGCCAUCACAGCAGCCUCAACAGCCCCAGCCCCCCGUUCAGCCGCCGCCCAAGCAGCUGACAAGCUCAUCUUGGAGUAACUCAGGCAGCAACAUGGUGACAGCUCCAACUGGAAAUGCCUACAAAAAGCCUUCUUUUCAUCAGAAUAAGUUGCAAAGGCCAAAAGGACCUCCUAAACAGCCACAGCUGCAUUACUGUGAUAUUUGCAAGAUCAGCUGUGCAGGCCCUCAGACAUACAGGGAACACAAUGAAGGCCAGAAGCAUAAGAAAAAGGAAGCAGCUUUAAAAGCUGGGGGCCAGACUGGGACCAGCAACGGGCCCAGAGGAGUCCAAACUCAGUUACGGUGUGAGUUAUGUGAUGUAUCAUGCACUGGAGUAGACGCCUAUGCUGCCCAUAUCCGUGGGGCCAAACACCAGAAGGUGGUGAAACUUCAUACCAAGCUUGGCAAACCGAUACCUUCUACUGAGCCAGUGUUGGUGAAUUCUGCUCCAGUUAUCACGACCUCGACAGCAGGAAAGCCUCCGGUCUCGUCCUCAGCUUCUGUCACAGUUUCAACUACAUCCACUCCCGUGAUUCCCAAACAGUCGCCUGUAAACACCACAACCAAAUCAACCCCACCAGUCAAGAAACCAGCUCCCUCCAAAAUAACAUCCAUUUCCAAUAAGCCAACAAGUUUUCCAGCAGCAUCAGCAGCAUCAGUAGCAUCGGCAGCAUCAGCAGUGGUAACGGUGGUGGCAGCUAAAGUGGAGGAGCCUGUUCACAUGUCAGUCCAGAAGAUGGAGCCUCUGAGUGAUGAGGACAGAGUUGGAGGCCAAGGAGACAUCCAGCCUGUGGGGCAUGACUAUGUAGAAGAGGUACGUAAUGAUGAUGGAAAAGUGAUUAGAUUUCACUGUAAACUGUGUGAGUGCAGCUUCAAUGAUCCCAAUGCUAAAGACAUGCACCUAAAAGGAAGAAGGCACAGGCUACAAUACAAGAAGAAAGUGAACCCAGAGCUUCCUGUGGAGAUUAAGCCCAGUAACCGGGCCAGGAAGCUUCAGGAGAGCAAGCUAAAGAAGCAGAAGCAGAAAGCGGUGCUAAAGAGACAGCGAGAUGAUGAGCAGCGCUGGCACAUGGAGAUGAGGCGAUAUGAGGAGGACAUGUACUGGAGGAGGAUUGAGGAGGAGCAGAUGUACUGGGGGGACCAGAGACGUAGGAUAGCUCCUCCACCACUAAUGAGUCGCCCUGGUAUACCAGUGCCCCCUCUGCUGACUUGCGUUCGAAGGCCUGAUUCUCCUGAUGACCGUUACAUCAUGGCCAAGCACUCCACCAUUUACCCAGUAGAAGAGGAGCUCCAGGCUGUGCAGAGGAUCGUCUCCCACUCAGAGAGAGCUCUAAAACUGGUGUCAGACUCCCUGCUUGAGAAGGAGAAACUAGCUGUUACUACUGCUGCUACUGAGGGAGUAGAUGAGAAGAGUACUGAAAACACUGCUCGGUUGCUAAAAGGUGUGAUGAGAGUUGGUAUCCUGGCCAAAGGCCUGCUGCUUCGUGGGGACAGAAAUGUUGAACUAAUCUUGCUGACUGCAAAGAAACCCACCAUCUCGUUACUAAAGACCAUUGCUAAGCACCUACCAAAGGAACUGGAGACAUUUUCUGAAGAUCAGUAUGAGGUGCAGGCUCACCCCGAGGAGGCGAACAUCGUGAUAUUUUCAAGCAAGGAGCCCAAAAUGCAGGUGACCAUUUCUCUCACCUCGCCGCUGAUGAGGGAGGACCCUGCUGCUGAGAAGGACAAGCAGGGAGAAGAAAAAGCGGCUGAGAAAGGUGUGGUUGAGAAUGAUCCUCCUGAUCUUCUGAAUAAAAAGAAAUGUUUGGAAUACCUGGCAGCUCUCCGUCAUGCCAAAUGGUUUCAGGCUCGUGCAAAUGGGCUGCAGUCUUGUGUGAUCGUCAUUCGGGUGCUGAGAGAUCUAUGUCAGCGUGUUCCCACCUGGGGGAAGAUGCCUGGUUGGGCAAUGGAGCUGCUGGUGGAGAAGGUGAUCAGCAGUGCCACAGGCCCGCUCAGCCCAGGGGAGGCCAUGCGAAGAGUCCUGGAGUGCAUCUCUACAGGCAUCCUGUUGCCAGAUGGGCCAGGUUUGAUGGAUCCCUGUGAGAAGGAUCAAACAGAUGCUUUGGAGUGCAUGAAGCUUCAAGCCCGGGAGGACAUAACUGCUAGUGCACAGCACGCUCUGCGGCUGCUUGCCUUCCGCCAGAUCCACAAGGUCCUGGGCAUGGAGUCACUACCAGCAUCAAAGGCCAGUGCACGCAACCGCAAACGACGACGGGACAUCAGCGACACGGGUGAAGGCGAGGGAGAAGGCAAAAAAGACAAGAAGGAAGAAGAAUCGAGUGCUUGACCUCUGCCUCUAGUGCAGAGGAGUUUGCUAGUUUUAGGGACUGGUAGAAUGUCACACCUUUAAACUUUUUAUGGAAACAAUCUUAACACACAGCUACACAUGUAUAAGUAUAACUUUGACUCUACAUGUCCAUAUAUGUCCACCCUUAAGAGGUUUGGGGCUGACGUUUGAGGAUCUGUUCUACAAUUCCUUCUCCCAUAUAGCAAUUUUAUGCAGAUAGUGUAAUCUAAAAUGUACAGAGUGAAUUGGCUUAGUAAAAAAAUCUUGAAAGCUACUGAUUGCAUCAUUCCAUGUCAGUAUAACAGAAGAUUAAUUCCUAAACAUCCAUGCCGUUCUAUUUGCAACAUUCACCACUACUGUUUUCUGUCAUAUUAGAUCCUCCAGUACAGUUUAAAGAUGAGCACUUUAAACUUUUUAAAAAUGUUUCUCUGAAGAAAAAGCUGCUCUUCAGGCUCGCUCAGUUUUACCAUCCAACUCCCAAGGACUUACUGAACUAAUACUGCUGCUGAAAAAUGUUAAAGUUGUGGGACUUUGAAGUUAUAAGACUGAUUUCAGAGAGCUCUGUGUCAAAGAGCUACAUGUAUACAGUACUGUGAUGUUCAUUGUGCCUACAGAUGACACAUCAGAACCAAUAAAACAGUGUGAACUUUUCUUUUAAUUUCUGCUCCCUCAAAAGCUCCUAGAAAAAUGUCUUCGUUCAUGACCUGAAGGGAGAUGAGUUUUUGAACUCACACCAAAAGCCCUUCACCUAUAAAACAAGUCAAACUGAAAAAAAGCUGACCCACACCUACAGGAACUCUCCUCUGAGGUUUUAAACAAGUUCACACUUGAAAGACUCUGCCUCUGAAGAGAGAGCUUAUUUAUUGCACAGUGCAUGCUGAGGAAACGAAGCACUUAAGAGACGAUAAUGUAUACAGCCAUAGUUUUAUCUUUUGAAUGAUAUGCCUAGUAAUCUUUUUUUUUCUUCCAGAGGAUGCUCAGCUGAGGAGAGAAGCUUUAGUCAAAAUAUGAGACUGAAUAUCUGCUGUAAUGAUCAAAUUGAAGACUUUGUUCCUUGUGCCUGGAUCAUGUUGUAUAUUACAGAAGGCUGAGGUUUUUUUUUUUUUUUUGAGGUGGGAGGGGGUUUAAGUUGUUUAUGUGUGGUUAGUAUGGUUAUGAUCCCAUUUAACAAAGAUUUAGGCCUGCCAAGGGACAGUUGCACAACUCUGGCUUAAAAGUUGAUGAGUUUUUAGUUUAAUUGUUGUUUUCCAAGAGCCUCACAAAUGUGUAUUUCUUUGUUUUAUUUCUGAAGGGUGUUGCAUUGUGUUUUGUAUUGUGUAAACGGGAUGUGUGACCGUUGCUGUCCUAUUAUUUGAAUGUCUUUGUAGCAUUGCCUAUAAUUAAGGGGAGAUAUUAAAUGAACUUAAACCA